AUGGGCGCGCGCGGCUGCGGCGGGAGCCAUGAUGCCCGGGGAGACCCCGCCGGCGGCGACCACAGCAGGGAUCGCGGCGGAGGCGGCGGAGGCCUGCGCCAACUGCGGGGCCCUCCAACAGAAUUUAAAUGAAUAUGUAGCAGCCUUAAUUGCAUUAAAGCAAAAGAUAAUUGAUACUGAUCACUUGCUGACAGAAUACCAACAAAAGUGCAACGAGCUUCAGUUUGCUAAAAGAGAAAACAAUACUCUUCAUCAGCAAGUGGAACAAAUGUUCCAGAAACUAUCACCUCUAAAAAAGUGUCAAGAAGAGCUGGGGUCUGUGAAAGCAGAGCUGGAGGAGAAAAAGAGUUCACUCAAGAUAUACCAGGAAACACAUCUGGAAUAUGUUCGGGUAAAAGAUGAAAUGGACAAAAGUGAUACUGUGAAGAAAAAACUGGAAAUUAAAGUGAAGAAGCUUGAAGAGGCUGCAGCAAAACACAUCCAGGAGUUCAAGCGGUUGAAAGCAGAGAAGAAAGUUCUUGAGAAGGAAUUGAAGAAAGCACAGGAAAAGAUUGAUGGUUUUCCUAAUGCAAAGCAAAAGAAAGUGCUGAAGAAUGCAGAGACCCAGAGUGAGAGAGAGAAUCCAGUAGCAAACCUAGACAAAGAAAAAAUUAAGCUGCUGCUGGAGGAACUCUGGAUGUGUAUAGAUGGUUCCACAGGAAAAAGUCAGAUCAACAAAAAUUACUUCUUAGAAGCAGUGCAGAAUCCUCAAAAGCUCAAGAAACCUCACGGAGAGAAGCCGUCUAGUUGUUCUUCACUUGGAACCUGUACAGCGCACACCUCUUUGACAUCGCUGCAGAUAAAAUUGGACAGCAGGCCUGCCAGAUAUGGUCGUCCAAUAGAAACCAAGGCCAUGGAAACUGCUGAUGCUCGCAACAGUGACAAUGCUUUUUAUGAAGAUGGAUCUCUAGAAGUUGUUGCUCAGACAGACUUAGCAGCAUGUAGCACAGAUCUCUUCAGCAAGGAACAGGAAGAGCUUGGUGAAAACCUGCGAGAUGUUUUGAAGUGGUGUAGGCCUCUUCCGCCACUAUUGUCUCCCAUACAGUUUUCCCCUGCCACUACUCCAGAUAUAUUAUUUGGAGACGUAACAGAUUCCAGUGAUGAUGAAAUGGACCAUAAUGCACAAAUGCUUGAAAGUAUUAUAGAAAAAUGUGGUCAGGAUGAACCAAUAGUUGAAACUCGACAUGAAAAACAUUCAGCAGAAUCUUGGAACAAACCCAGCUCUUUUAGUGUUGGCAGUGCAAAUAGUGAUUCUCAGGAGUCAACUGAAAAACUAAGAAAAUUAAAGAAUGAAGAGUCAACUCUGUGUUCUAACCCUGUGACAGCAAUGUCAAGAUCCCUUAAUGAGAGAGAUGUCAAAUCAAAGGAUGAAAAGAAGCAUCUAUUAGAGAAUUCUGUCUCUAACAGAAUUCUGUCUCUAACAGACACAACCACUGAAAUUGCAGCAUGCAAUACAGAGAAGCACAAUGAAAAGACAGUUAAUAUGACAAAAACAAAAGACAGAAUAUUGAUGCCUGAUUUAAUGACCAUUAACAUGCAGGGUCGAGAAGAAACAGCUAAACCAAUGCAUGGGCAGAAAAUGGAUGCAAGCGGCAUUGUACACGUGCUAGAAGAGUCUAAUGACUGUAUGAAAGCAGAGGAGGAAGAAGAGCUAAUUGGAACAAUAGAAGAUUGGCCUCAAACUCCCAAGGGUGAUAAUAAGCAGCACACUGAAGAAUUCAUUUUAGCUGCUGAAAAUAUGCUGGUAGCUCCUGAAAAAUUUACUGAUGGAUCUCAUGAUGUGAUAGGUGGUGGAGGAGGAGUGGAAGAUGCCUCCGAGAACAUCCAGACACAGUCUAAUUUAGGAAAAGCAAGACCUCUUGAUGAAAAGCACGGUGAACAUGUAACAGAUGAACAAAAUACAGCAACGGAAGGAUUUGGCAUAGAUAUAAAUGAUGAAACAUUAAUGAAAGAGAAAAUGAAUUUGAACAACUGUAAAUUCCUUUCUGAAACAGAACAUCCUAGUGAGCAACCUCAGCAACAAGGUGCUCAGGUAACAUUUACACAACCCGUUAAAAAAGAUACUCAUGCACCAGAUGCAUCGUUCAAAGCACAAUGUUUAGAAGAAAACUGCAGCAAUGAAGAGAGAGGCAACCAACAAAAUGGAGCUGAGAUAAAUGGUGAGAAAAUACUACUGAAUGUAGAUGCUUUGAGGCCACAUUUGCAUAUUAUGAUGGCAACUAACGAAUGCGAGAAAUCAUUGUGUCAUAUAGAUGAGAUAACGAAGACUGAGAGUGAACGCAGCGCUGCCCCUUUUAUGCCUACUAAAAAUGAAGAUGAUGACGACCAACUGAAAAUAGCUGUUAGUGUUACUAAUGAACCCAACUUUAUGGACAUAAGAAAGCAAGAAUGCCCACAACUAGAACAACUGAUUGACCAGAAAGAUUCUAUUAAAUCACUACAAGAGGAGCCAGAUUGUAAAAGUGAUCCUAUGUUAUCAGCCCAAGCAUCCAUUAUUGAAGAUUGUUUGUUGCUAUCUGAGGGACUUGUUGAAACUAACAACGAGAUCUAUGUCAUUGGAACUUCUCCUGAACCAAGGCAAGUUGAAGAAGUGAGCAUUGAAUCUGAAUGCAAAUCCAAAAUCUAUAGCAUUUCAAACAGCUUUCAGUUUACUGACAUUUCUAAAGAAGACCGGUGCCUGCCAUCAGAAAGACUUGAGGAAAAUAGUGAACGACUGAAAAUUACAGAAACUAGGACUAUGCAGUCUCUUGUAGCAGAAAAUAGUGACAAAAUAUCUGCUUUUGGAACUGUGUGUAACAGAAAUGCAAAGUCUAAUUUGAUAUCUAGAAGUUUGCAAUGUGGAAUAAAUGACAUAUCUCAAGAAAUGGCAGACUGGAAUGAUAAGGGCAGUUCAUUUGAUCUAAAGAAGUAUGCUAUGGAAGAAGCAGAAACGAAUUACGAGUGUUCUGUAACAAAUGAAAUGUCAGAACAGAACAUGAAUGAAGAUCCUGCUCAGGCUGUACAACAUGUGUUACAGGCAGAAAGUGCAAAUUCUGAAACAAUUUUGCCUGUCACUGUGAGAGUUGGUUCUGAGUCUGCCACUACAGAGUUCGUGGAGAUCACCGCUUCCAAGCUUGAAGUCGAUUUCGAGGUUUUCAGCAGAGUUGGCCAAAGCUCUAAUGGUGCUACAAAUGCAUGCGUUGCCCCUUCCUCUCCAACCAGAGAAGAUGCUUAUCAUGUUGAUGGUCAUAAUUCAGCAGUAGACUUGGAGGAUAAAGAGGCAAAUGCUGUUGAUUCUGAGGGAAACAAUCAUAAGCUCCUGGAUUGUUGCAGUCCUCGGAACAAUAAAGAUGAAGUGGAAAUUGAACAAGCAAAAGAACAGUUAAUGAUCAGUGAAACCCAGAUACCAGUUAGUGUUAAAGGCCCUUGCAGUGGAGAUAUCUCUGAAGCACUAACUCCUGAGGCCUUUAGUCUAAAUAUUGUUAACACAGUAGACAUUUUUAUAGCAAACAAAUCCAUUUUAAAUGAUGAGGAGCUGCUUGUUCCUCCCGAUAAAAAGUUAGGCAGUCCUUCAAGAAACUGUGCUCUAGAACAUACAGUUGAUAACGCUAUAGUUAAAGAAAGAGAUGAAACAUUGUGCAGUGGUAUAAGAUCUGGAGGCGUUGAUGAGAUGAAGAUGCCAGAAAAUGCCAUUACGGUUAUGAAUUUAUCACUCUCAGAUUCAUCGCCGGAAGAAAUUGGCCUAAUAAGAAAGGUGAAUUGCAGAAAAAUGCAUCCGUGGUUUGAAACGCCCAAAGAUGAAUUGGGUACCAUCAGGAGCAGUCACACACAUGCGCCGUCCAUUGCAACUGUUUCAUGUGAUGGGUGCAAGUUGUCCCAUGACUCAGAAGAUCCGCCCUCAAAAGAUAGACAGGCUGCAAUACAUGACACUGACUCCUGUACUGAUGAAAUUAUUGAAAGGACAUGGGAACAUUCAUAUGCAGUAGGAUGGACAUGUAGUAAGGAAAAUAUCUCAUUAAAACCAGACGCCUCCAUAGCAGUCGAGAAGUCAAAAGAGAGGAAAACAGAACAAAGUAUUUCAGCAGUUGCUUCAUUGCCAAGCCAGGUAUCAAUGUAUAACAGGAAAUCUGUGCCCAGGCAGUCAUCUGCAAGUAAUCCAGAUGUUAAUGGUGAUGUCGUUGCACCAGACGCAAAGUACUGUGCUGCUAGUGUAGAAAUUUCAGUAUCAUUGGACUUUAAUAAAGAGAAAUUGAGUACUGAACAAGAAAGUAAUGUUGAUGUUUCAGGGUGCAGCUCAAACUUGGAGCAAAGCCAUUUAAUAUCCUGCCAUGUUGAUAAUGGUUCUAAUAUAUCCCAUAACAAGGAAUGCCAUAUAAAGAAUGAUGGAAAAGUUCUUGCUGCUAAAACCAGCUGGAAUUCCAUAUUACCUGUACCGGAAUCUUCCAACUCCAAACAACACAAUGUAGUGUCUGAAAAAUUAGAAUCACCAGUUGCUGUUGCACCUUGCACAAAGAAUGGAGCAGAGCAGAUACUUAAAGCACCAGACCCUAUAAAUAUGUUGGCACAAGUAGGUGUUAAAGGUGGUCAUAAUAGGCAUCUCCCAAGAAUACCUAGCCGUAAAGGGGAAAGGAAAAGUCGGCACACCCUACUAGCUGAAACCAUUUUAGCCAAUGCAGAUACUUCCACACCGACAAAACAUUAUCCAAAAACGCUAACAAAAAUUAGGCAAGAGAUGGGUCCUCCAUUACCUCCCUUGCUCACACCUCUGAUAGCUACACCUCCAAGAACUGUUCGGCCCAUUUCCCCAGUAAUGUCAUCAUCUAGUCAGUCCUCCUUGCCAUCCCCACUCGAUGGAUUGAUUUCUCCUCUACGUGAAACUCCAGUUCCUCCUCUAAUGUCGCCAUUGUCAGAUACCCCAAAAUGCAAGUCACCUGCUAUGCUUACUACGCCAUCUCCUUCUGAAACGUCAAUAGGUCAGAGAAUCCUGUCCUCCCCUCUUCAGUUUUGCGCCACCACUCCCAAGCAUGCCCUUCCUGUACCAGGUAGACUUCCUCCAUCUGCAGCUGGUGGUGCAGCUCCACCUGUGCCUCAGGAAAACUCGGUGAAAAUUUUGGACAGUAUGUAUCCAGAGCUAUCUGCCCGGGCAAGAACUCUCAACAUCCUGAAAGGUAACAUUCAGCUCAGUCGGUCAUCCUCCCUAGAUGGCAAGAAUAUCCCACAGCCUGUCCAUCAAAUCAGUGGCUUUAAAGCAAUUGCUUCGACGUCCACUGCUUUUGUCAAAACGGGGACUAACUUCAAGUCUGAACCUGAGCAACGGUUGUCCAUUGAGAGCGAGUCUGGGAAAAGGAUGUUGGCUCCUAUGGUCCUCCCAAAGAGUGCCAAAAGGCCAAGGCUAGAGGGUAAAGCACCAAAAUUUGACCUCUGCAAGAAAGAGUUUUCAUCUAGCAUCUCAGAUCCUGAUGUAUGUUGCCCUGCUGAUGAAACAGUCUCUCUGAGCAACAGGGAUGAUACUCAGUCAACAGGUGACUGUGAUUCGCAGUUGCUUUUGGCAAUGGAAAAAACUGAAGAUCCUGAUGGCAGGGCUGUGACUGUAGCAUUGGAAAAAAUUUCUGAAGCCUGUUUUGACUUGUUACCUGUUAUUUGUAGCCACAUUCUUGUGGGAAAUACCUCAAGGGUCCCAGUAAUGAGAGAUGAAGAGAAAGAAGUUGUCUAUGAACUUGGUGUAGCAAAGAAGUACUUAGCUGAGCCAGCAUUGCAGGCUAUUCUGAAGAAACUGAAGAAACAGAAGAUGUCCUUGGGACACAGUUGUAUCCAAUCCCUCUGCAGGGUAUAUGUUGGAAUAUGCCGGCAGCUGGGAGACCUAGAAAAAGCACGCCUCUUUUGCUACACUCUCCUUAAGGAAGAUUUCCCCAGAUUUGACAAGCUAACUUUGUUUAUUGGAAACAUGUGGAGUGAGAUAUUCUCCUCUGAAAGUGUGAUCAACAAAGCUAUCCAGUUAGUAGUCAGACAGCAUGCAAGAGGAGAAGUGCUGAAAUGCUUGAGAUCGUAUCUGAAUUGGGAAGAGAGUGCCCCAGUGGAUAUUGGCAUGAUGGUCUCCAGCCUUCUUUUAGCGAUACAGUUGUGUCCCCAAAUGGAAUUUCAACUGAGUGAACAAUAUGGAGAAGACCUGAAAGAGAGUACAUGGGAAUAUGUGUUUGCUAUUGAUCUGCUGUGCUCACAUCAAAAGUGGCAUUGGACCCAUGACAACAUCAUAAGUAAAGAACUUUGGCCUAUCAUGGAUAAGUGGAUAAAGAACAGAAAAGGCAGCGGAGGCAUUUCUUCCCCUUCUGAUAUAAUUGUAGCGACAGCGCUCCGGCUGAUUGGUCGCCUAGGCCAGAUAGGACUGAGAGAAGGAUUUUUUUCUGCGGUGGAAAAUAUCAGUUCUGUAAUUGGGACCUUCCUCCGGCAUGCCAAAGAAAAAGAUGUGGCCUGGGGAGUCCAGCUGGCAGCAGCCUACGCACUCUGUGACUUGGGUCCUAGCAAUCCAUCUAGAACACUGGAGGCCGUCCGAGCAUGGGAAGCAGCCGGCACAAAGUGCCUUCCUCCUGCCAUCACAAACGGCAUAGCAGAAGUCAGCGGUCUCCUGAAGUGUGCAUGGACAACGGAAGACAGCUCAGCCACAUAACACCCUCUGGUUUCGGUUUGGUUUGGUUUUUAACCAUAGAGGAAAACAAGGAAGUGCCUUUUGAAGGGAACUUGUUCAGAACGGUCGUGAUGCAGGCAAAGAGCCAUGCACCUCUCUCCUUAGAGGGCAGCAGAAAACAUUGACUGUUAUGGGCGGUUAUGAACAUGCCUUUGUUCAAUGUAGCCCAACGCGCUUGGUGUUACAGUCAGGACAACAAGUAAUGUUGAGCAUCGCCUCGUCUGCUGCAAGAGAAAAGGCAAUACAUUGUCUUACUGAUGCGAGUACAAACUAUUUAAGUCAGAAAAAAAAUCUAUGCAAAUAGAAGUGUUCUCUAACAAAUGGUCUUCCAGGAUGUGAAGUUCGAGUUCCUGAGAUUUUAGUCUUCCUUUAGUUACGCCAAAUGCUCUUCAAACAGCUUUCUCUAAAAACGUUUUAGCAAAUUUAUUUUGCCUGUUUGCCUGUGUUGAAUCAUAUUGGUUUCUGUAGAAAGUUGGACUCAGAUUUAAAGAGGGAUUGCUAUUUGAUAGUGUGUGCACUAAUCCCACUGGUACCCUUCUAAAUAAGGUUUGGGGUAUUGUUUCAAAGUCCUUCAAACUUUUGCCCAGAGAUAUGGUGAGGCAAAAGAAAUGCAUCAUGGGAAGUGAUACCUCACUGACUGUUUUCAGCUCUCUUAAAAAUUAAUUUAUAUGCUCCCUAAAGUUGUUGAUUUGUCUCAAAAGUAAACUAGAAGAAUUUGCACCAAAUCAUGCCCUUCAAAAAUUCUAGGAGCCCUUUGGAUUUUAAUUGUUUAAUGCUGGGGUGUCCAGCUGUUGUUGGAUUGCAGCGCCCAUCAUUCUUCGCCAUUGGCCAUGCUUAUCUCGGGCUGAUGGGAGUUGUUGUUCAACAACAUCUGGAAGGCCACACAUUCCCCACUCCUGGUUUAAUGGAAGCGUGAUCUGAUUUCUGUAACUCUUAACAUCUACAGUAUAUAGAAGAUUGAAAUGCCUUCUCUAUGAGAAUGUGUAUAUAUGGUAUAUUUGUAUAAUGUGUUUCACAUUUCACGUUGUUCCACUUUGGGAAUUUUACUAUCUGUAUAUAGAAACCCGAGUAAAAAUACACACAACCCUCCCUUGCAUUGUUCAAACCUCUAAUGUAGCUUCACUUGUUUUCAGAUUUUUUUUUUACAUGUCUAUAUCAAUUUUUUUCUAAUAAAUACGGUUUGUGCAUUUAA